CAGCCGGAGGACUCCCCGCAGGCUCUCCUGGGUGCGGGGUCUGAGUCGAUCACCGAGGACGCCUUGGAGCAUUUACACGGAACAACAACUUCAGCUGGACCAACUCCAUUUUUGGCACGACGUUAUAAGGAAGACAGAGAGCAUACACCUGUACCAUUGUUGCAAUUGUAACCGAUAAGAACUUCUAGUCAACUUCUGCCACGAUGGCGGCCGCAUUGACCCACACCCCGGUCGAGGAUAUUCCCACUAUCGUCUCCGACCUCCAUCAAUCCUUCCACGGUCAAAAGUCCCAAUCGAUCAAAUUCCGCAUCCAGCAACUCCGCCAACUCUACUUCUUCGUUCACGAAAAUCACGAGGCAAUCGUCAAAGCCCUCAAAGCCGACCUCGCAAAACCCGAGUUCGAGACGUAUCUAACGGAAAUUGGGUUUGUUGAGGAGGAUGUCUUGGGUGCGAUUGCCGGCUUGGAGAGUGGGAGAUGGCAGAAGGACAAGAAGGUGCCGGGGAUCAAAUUGGCGAUGAAAGCUGCUGCGCCCUGGAUUAAAAAGACCCCAAUGGGUGUUGUGUUGAUCAUCGGCGCCUGGAACUAUCCGUUGCAGUUGGUGUUGUGUCCAUUCGUCGGAGCACUUGCGGCGGGAAACUGUGUCGUCUUGAAGCCUUCCGAGUUGUCGCCACAUACUGCUCAGCUGCUGGCGGAGUUAUUCCCGAAGUACAUGGAUCAGAGCUGUUACCGCAUCGUUAACGGCGCUAUACCGGAGACGACAAAGCUCUUGGACGAGAACUGGGACAAGAUCAUGUAUACCGGUAACUCGAAGGUUGCGAGGAUCAUCGCUGCUGCAGCGGCGAAGAAUCUCACGCCGACGAUCCUCGAAUUAGGAGGCAAGAAUCCGACCAUUGUGACGAAUACUGCGAAUAUUCCUCUUGCUGCCACGAGGAUCGCGUGGGGCAAGUUUAUGAACUGCGGCCAGACGUGUCUUGCCCCCGACUAUGUCUUGGCAGAAAGCAAGCAGGUCGAGGACGAACUCGUGGCUGAGUUCAGAAAGUCGCUCGAGAAGUUCUAUGGUGAAGACGAUAAGAUCGCGGAGAUUGAGAAUUACGGCAGGAUCGUGAACGACGUUCAUUGCAAGAGGAUUGCGAAGGCCUUGCAGGAAAGUAAGGGCACCAUCGCUUUUGGAGGACAUGUGAAGAUCGAGGAGCGUUUCAUUGCACCAACAAUUGUCACAGGCGUUACCCACGAUGACACGCUGAUGAGUGAUGAGAUCUUCGGCCCUGUUCUCCCGAUCGUCACUGUCAAUUCGGUUGAUGAAGCGGUGCAGUUCGUAAACAAGUAUACCGAUACUCCGCUGGCACUAUACAUCUUCAGUGAUGACAAGAAGGAAGUCGACAAAGUCCUCUCCCAAACUCGCUCCGGCGGUGUUACAGUCAACGACACGAUCCAACACGCGGCAAUUACAAACGUUCCCUUCGGCGGUGUCGGUGAAUCCGGCAUGGGCGCAUACCGCGGACAAACCUCUUUCGAUGCUUUCUCUCACGAUCGCGUUAUCGCGAAGACCCCGGGAUGGAUGGAGAAGAUAAUGGCGGUGAGGUAUCCUCCGUACUUGCCAUGGAAGUUCAAGGCUAUCGCAGCUAUGGCACCCAAGGCUUGGUUCAAGCCAGGCGAUACUGUCAGAAAGCGUGGCAAGGUGAGUAAGUGGGUAUUGUUUGCAGCUAUCGGGUUGAUCGCGGUUUGGGUCGGUAGGAUUAGGGGGGUUGCUGCUUGAGCCCCCGUCGCCAUGCUCUUUGUGGUUAUGAACUGUACCAUUCGUUGGUCUAGUACAUAUGGUGAAUCAACGAUAUGUUGUAUCUCAGCAAGCAAUAUAUUUUGGGUAUUCC